AUGCAAUUAUGUCAUGUAACUGAAGAGGUGUUGAAAAAACAGCUCCAACAGUUUGUGUCUCAAAAUCCAGAAAAACGAGAAUUUCCAGUGCUGAGUUUUGUACUGGAGGAAAUUACAGUACCCGACGAAGUAUUCAACUGGAUUUUAAAUGCAGAUAGUUGCUAUCCCGAUGUGCUUUCCAGUUUAAUAACAAGCAAGAAACAUCUUGACUGGGUGGUACAGGAAACGCUACAAAGUACCUGCUGGCAAACAUGCACUGCACACCAUCAGCGUAUGAACAAUACUAUUUGUGUAAGUUGUUAUCUGACAGUAACUAUGAAGAUGUAGAUAAACCACAUCCUGUAGAAAAUAUUACUAAGAGAUAUAAAGACAGUGUAUCCCAUAUCGAUGAAACCAUAUGUAAAAUUGUAUAUCUGGCUGAUUGUGCAUCACUGAAG